AUGAACCACGGCGGUAUGGACCACGGAGGGAUGGAGCAUGGGGGCCAUGGAGGCAUGGACCACGGGGGUAUGGAUCACGGCGCAACCUGCAGCAUGAACAUGGUUUGGAACUGGGACACUUCGAACCUCUGCAUUCUCACCUCCUCAUGGCGCAUCACCACACCACUAUCGCUCUACCUUUCGCUUUCGAUCAUCAUGCUUGCUGGCGUGGGGUACGAGUGGUUGCGGUCGUACAUCCGACGCUACGAUGCACGGCUUGCGCGGUCUACACUCGGACCGGCACAUCGUCGUCGUGCUUCGCUUCGUCUUCCAACUACCAACACCCCUCCUUCGCGAAGAUCACCUUCAACGGCACCAGGAUCGAGUGCGAGGUGGAUCAAACCGCUCGAGUGUAGUCGUCGAACGCAGGUGGUCAGGUCAGCGCUGUACGCUGCAAGUGUCGGAUUCAGCUUUGCACUCAUGCUCAUAGCUAUGACAUUCAACGCCUUUGUCAUUGCAGCCAUCGUUGCAGGUAAGAACCAACUCCCACAUAAACCACAAGAGCAUAGAAUACUAACGCUGGUGAUGGUGACAGGUGCGGGAUUGGGAAACUACAUGUUCAACCGAGACCUCUCUACAUCCCAAAGCCUGGCCGAUGAUAAAGGACUCGCCUGUCACGCCUAG